CUCGUACCAUUUCACCAACACGAGAACAUUUGUCAUGGACUCCAUCGUCGGCGGAAGCAUUCAACCGCUCGCCAUUGGCGUGGGAGUAGUCGGCUUGAUCGCCUUGAUUGUCCUCGUGUCAGUGUCCUCGCACCAGCGGGAACAACUGCAGUACAUGGCGAAGAAAGCAUUCCGGUCCAAGCGAACAGAGACUGCAUAUGGAAAUGGCAAUGGCAUCGACACGUCACCAGGGGCGCUUCCAUCGUUUGCCAAGGCUGCAGCCGAGACAGGCAACGGUCGCAUGCUGCAACGAUGGGCCAGUUCCCAUGGACCUGACAUCAACUCCCGAAGUCCCGACAACUUGACCGCGUUGCAUUACGCUGCUCGUGGCGGCCACACCGAAUGCAUGAGGAUAUUGCUGGAAGCAGGUGCCAACCCCAAUGUGGAGGACGAACGCCAUGUGACACCGUUGCACCUGGCGUCCGUGGGUGGGUUUGGACUGGGGGUUAAGCUCCUCCUGGACAACAAGGCCGAUCCGUUCGUGGAAGAUGCCGACCACAACACGGCCCUCUCGGCCGCUGAAGCCGGCGGGAAUGUCGGGUGCGCCCGGUUGUUGCAGCGAGCCAUGGCCAAGGCCGCCGUCGCAGACAGCAGCACCACUGGACCUUCGUUGACUCUCCGCGGUGUCCAAGGCGACAGCGCUGUCUAAUUCUAUCACUUCAUGCGUACUUCUACAUA